CGCCCGCUCGCGACUGGCUGGUCCGCCUGCCUCUCGCGGUAGCGGCUGGUGCUUUCCCCUCCCUCUCCCCCCAGCCGCGAGCCUCCAGGUUUCUUAGUUGGUCCAGGCCCAGUCAGUGUCAGUCAGGGGGGCGGACUGCUGAGCACUGGGUGCGGACGCUCCAUUGCACUCUCGCUCAGGGGCCGGUGCCUGCACUCGCGCCGCAGGCUGGGAAGGAUGAAGCCGCAGCUGGAGCAGCCACCCUAUGAUUGGCUGUGGCGCUUGUGAACCCAAAGUAAAGAUGGCGGGCGGGCAGGCAUCUGCCGCACUGCCCACUUGGAAGAUGGCGGCGCACCGCAGCCUCAGCGCCCGCGGCUGGGGGGUCCUGCAGGCGGCGGCGAAAAGGCUGCUGCCGCUGCUAUUGCUGAGCUGCUGCUGCGGCGCGGGACGCUGCGCCGCGGCGGGGGAGAGCGAGGAGACGGUGAUCAUCGGGUUGCGGCUGGAGGACACGAACGACGUGUCGUUCAUGGAAGGGGGGGCGCUGCGGGUGAGCGAGAGGACUCGGGUCAAGCUGCGGGUGUACGGGCAGAACAUCAACAACGAGACGUGGACCCGCAUCGCCUUCACUGAGCACGAGCGGCGGCGUCACAGCCCGGGAGAGCGCGGGCUGGGGGGCCCCGCGCCACCAGAGCCGGACAGCGGCCCCCAGCUCUGCGGUAUGCGCACAUCAGAUAUCAUCAUCUUGCCCCAUAUCAUUCUCAACCGCCGUACAUCGGGCAUCAUUGAGAUUGAGAUCAAACCGCUGCGCAAGAUGGAGAAGAGCAAGUCCUAUUACCUGUGCACAUCGCUGUCCACGCCAGCCCUGGGCGCCGGCGGCCCGGGGUCCGGGGGUGGCACUGUCGGGGGCAAGGGUGGCUCCGGGGUGGCCGGGCUCCCGCCGGCCCCAUGGGCUGAGACCACCUGGAUUUACCACGACGGCGAGGACACCAAAAUGAUAGUGGGCGAGGAGAAGAAGUUCCUGCUGCCCUUCUGGCUGCAGGUGAUCUUUAUUUCGCUGCUCCUGUGCCUGUCGGGCAUGUUUAGUGGCCUCAACCUGGGGCUCAUGGCUCUGGACCCGAUGGAGCUGCGCAUCGUGCAGAACUGCGGCACCGAGAAGGAGAAGAAUUAUGCCAAGCGCAUCGAGCCCGUGCGCAGGCAGGGCAACUACCUGCUGUGUUCGCUGCUGCUGGGCAACGUGCUGGUCAACACCACGCUCACUAUCCUGCUCGACGACAUCGCCGGCUCAGGCCUGGUGGCCGUGGUGGUCUCCACCAUCGGCAUUGUCAUCUUCGGGGAGAUCGUGCCCCAGGCCAUCUGCUCCCGGCACGGCCUGGCGGUUGGGGCCAACACCAUCUUCCUCACCAAGUUUUUCAUGAUGAUGACCUUCCCCGCUUCUUACCCAGUCAGCAAGCUGCUGGACUGCGUCCUGGGCCAGGAGAUAGGCACAGUCUAUAACCGGGAAAAACUGCUGGAGAUGCUCCGGGUCACAGACCCCUACAACGACCUCGUUAAGGAGGAGCUGAACAUCAUCCAAGGGGCGCUGGAGCUCCGCACCAAGACGGUAGAAGACGUGAUGACUCCCCUCCGGGACUGCUUCAUGAUCACCGGUGAAGCCAUUCUGGACUUCAACACAAUGUCGGAGAUCAUGGAGAGCGGCUACACUCGCAUUCCAGUGUUCGAGGGGGAGCGCUCCAACAUCGUGGACCUCCUAUUUGUCAAAGACUUGGCAUUCGUGGAUCCAGAUGACUGUACUCCCCUGAAAACCAUCACUAAAUUUUAUAACCACCCCUUACACUUUGUUUUCAAUGACACCAAGUUGGACGCUAUGCUGGAAGAAUUUAAGAAAGGUAAAUCUCACCUGGCUAUUGUGCAGCGAGUAAACAAUGAGGGAGAGGGGGACCCAUUUUAUGAAGUUCUGGGAAUUGUCACCUUAGAAGAUGUGAUUGAAGAAAUCAUCAAAUCUGAGAUUCUAGAUGAAACAGAUUUAUACACGGAUAACAGAACGAAAAAGAAAGUGGCCCAUCGUGAAAGAAAGCAAGAUUUUUCUGCCUUUAAGCAGACGGACAGCGAGAUGAAGGUUAAAAUAUCACCACAGCUUCUCUUGGCCAUGCACCGUUUCCUAGCAACAGAAGUAGAAGCAUUUAGCCCAUCCCAGAUGUCAGAGAAGAUCCUCCUAAGGCUGCUAAAGCACCCCAAUGUCAUCCAGGAGCUGAAGUUUGACGAGAAGAACAAGAAAGCCCCAGAAUACUACCUCUACCAGCGCAACAAGCCUGUAGAUUACUUCGUUCUCAUUUUGCAGGGGAAAGUGGAAGUAGAAGCUGGGAAAGAAGGUAUGAAGUUUGAAGCCAGCGCUUUUUCAUACUACGGUGUGAUGGCCCUCACAGCCUCGCCAGUUCCUUUGUCCCUGUCUCGUACCUUUGUUGUCAGCAGAACAGAGUUGUUAGCAGCAGGUUCUUCAGGUGAAAACAAGUCGCCGCCGCGCCCAUGCGGCUUGAAUCACUCAGACUCCCUGAGCCGAAGUGACCGGAUUGACGCCAUCACGCCGACACUGGGGAGCAGCAACAACCAGCUCAACUCCUCGUUCCUUCAAGUCUACAUCCCGGACUACUCCGUGCGCGCCCUUUCUGAUCUCCAGUUUGUCAAGAUCUCAAGACAGCAAUACCAAAAUGCCUUGAUGGCAUCCCGGAUGGACAAAACCCCUCAGUCGUCAGACAGUGAAAACACUAAAAUCGAAUUGACUCUUACGGAGCUGCACGACGGGUUGCCAGACGAGACGGCCAACCUGCUCAACGAACAGAACUGCGUGACGCACGCCAAGGCCAACCACAGCCUCCACAGCGAGGGCGCCAUCUAGCGCCCGCCCCGCCGCCUCCGUCGGACAGCGAACCCCAUUAGCGUGAGCUUGCGUGCCAUGCAGCGUCCUGCGCCUCCUGAGACCAAAGACUUUGUCCCCUUCCCGGAAGCAGCAGAGGAGGUCGUGAGGGCAGGAGGGGGCCCCGGAGCUGGAAAUCGGCAGCGAGGGUGUGGCCUUCGCCAUUUUGGAGAUGAACUUCUUCCGCCCAGAUAGAAUCAUGUUUAUUUUUUCAGCUGUACCUUUUUAUUAUUCACUCUCCUCCUUCCUUGAUUUGCAUGACGUUGGAAAUUGUUGGGGUUUAUUUUUUUCAAGAGAUCAUGUUUUUAAAAGUGUCUUUGCAGAGUUUUAAGUUGUCCUGCCUGAACUCUGCAGUGACCCCAUGAUGUGACCCGCUAGGAUGGACUUGCCCCUCCAGUUGCCUUCCGUGGGCCCUCCCAGCGAGGGGCCCCUUCCUCUGUGGCCCAGUGGCUGUUGCUGUCGAACUUGAAGGAUGAAUGAAGAGGACUUCGCUGAAGCCGACCGGCCCAGUCUGUGACAUUGCGGGUGGCGCCUCUACAGGGACCUGCCAUCGCCACUCUGAGCUCAGUGUUGUUUUAAGUCAAUGUUUAACUGUGUCCCUUACCCUCAGAAAGGUUUAAAUUUGCUUGGAAUGUGAUUGUGCUCCCACUCUUAAGGAAGUUUUAUCACCAAAAUGAAUGUUAAUGAAUUUUAAACCCAUGGUUUAUCAUUGGCAAGAGGCAAGGUGGCUCCCCCCCCAACCCCCCACUCCUACGGCCGGGAAUCUCCGGCGCAGCCAAGCCCUGCCCCCUGCGCCAGCAGCUCACAGAGCGACGCCCACCUCCCCGCCCGCUCUUGUUAACCCGAGAUGCUGCUACACAGAUGCCAAAUGGAAAUCUUCCCUGGGGCUUUGGAGUAAACACGCGGUGUGGAGUUCAGGCUCUUCCCCUUCCCACCGGGCUGUGCGUCAUUGUCAGAAAAGGAGCUGGGCCUACUAGCUGUGCUCUGUGCUCCACGCUGAGGAGACUUCCCUGAACCCGUGUUUGAAGGAGGGGACUUUGGGAGCUGCCAGCCCCUGCCCCUCUUUCUACGGAGUCAGCUGUCCCUCCUCCUGUGUCCCUGGGCCUGUGAGGCCCCGUGGUGGCUGUGUCCUCUGCCUGAGGACCUCUGUGCCUCCCGCCUCUGAUGCGCCCACGCCACCCCGAGAGGCCGCCUGUACAGCUAGGUCAGCGCGGCCCCAGACAGGGAUUCAGAAACCAAAUGUGCGUUGUGGCCGUUUCUUGUGUGUCUCUGCCUUAUUUCAAUACCUGAUGCAUCACGUGUAGAGAAAUUCAUGUCUGAAUUCUCACCUAUCUCACCUGUGUUGUAAGUGUUAGCCCAAGGGACACGUGCGUGUCGUGGGCAACAUCCGUACACUGAAGUGAAUUCAUGCCAACCACAGCGUCUGUGCAGCGAUGUCCGCGCUGUGGCCCGUCCCUAGCCGAGAGGAGAGCGUUGUCUCCGUGGGGUCCUACUGAACCGAGGGCAGCCCUGGGGCUAAGCAGCAGUUUUCUCCUCCCUUCUCUAGGUAGGACUGUGCGCCCCGGGCUGGCUCUGAGGGGCGGGAGCUGUGCUUGGGGAGUAACCGGUGACCUGCCGGCUGGCCCUCUGGCUGGCAGUUUGGUGGCUCCAGUGUCGAAUGCUCACUUGGCAAGGAUUUCCUCUGGGUUGUCAGUCCUGCAGUGUCUGGCCUCCCCUCAUGGGAGAGGGUCACAGGGGUGCCCCUAAGGGGCUGAAUGUCCUGCUGUUGGCACCCAAGCUGCCCCCAUGGAAUGGAGCCCCCAGCAUGCGGCUUGGCAUUAGUGGAACCCUGCACCGUGGUGGGGGGUAUUUUACACACAGAUCUUUCUGAAUUUAAAUCUGUUUCUUAACCAACAUUUGGCUUAGUGCACCCCAGUAUGGCAGGAACUGGGUCUGUCUGAGGUGUGUGCAGAAACGAGUAUUCCCUGAAGUGGAGUCUGGGCCUUGCAGGGGGAGGGCACCUCUCCCCCGACAGCGGUGGCGCUGUCUUGACCCGGUCAGCACUUGCCUUCUCUUUGGUCUGGCGGAGCACAGCCAGUCAGGCCCAGACUCCUCUGGCCUUCAGGACCUUGGCGCGUCAGCCUCUCCCGGUCUAUCUGCUGCUCCACAAAGCCCGUCUCAGGGUGCCUUGUCCCGGGGAGCCUCUGGAAUCAGUUAAUGUGCCAGGUCUCUUUCAGAGCACCACUGCUCCUCCCUGGAACCCUAAAGCCCAGUGGGAGUCCAGGCCGAGGAGAAAAGAUUGAUUCCAGCCUCCGCCUCCCUGACUUCAGGGAGGAACGUCUAACUACUCAGUACCCGGUGCGGUGGCUUUCUCUCCUCCCUGUGAAUGAGCUGGCAGGGGUGGCUUUGCAGAGGGGAUCCCAGAGGAUGAACAUCUAGCCUCGCAUAUUUGUAUUUUCUACAAACCACUCUUUACCUUUGAUCAUCCACACUUUUAUAACAACAGGGAAUACCAAGUAAUCCCUGUCCGGCCCCAGAGGAACGAGGGCUACCCUUGGGCUGUAGUUACGUCUGCUUUGGGGCACGCUCGAGGCUCAUAAAUCUGAGCAACUGGAUUUCUUGUCCGGGCCCCAACCUUCCCUCUGGAAACCAACUUCAGGCUGUUGAAGGAGAAACACUGGCUCAUGGCUUCUCUGGGCAACAGAGAAGGGUUUUGGCUCAGAAGGUCUAUGCAAUUCCUGUCUACGAAUGGGAGUCGGAGAAAGACCAUCACAUAGUCCGGGUCUCAGUGCGUGGCGGCCAGUCCUCAGCAUCGCUGUCGACAGUACUCUACUGGGGCCACUGGCUUUAGAAGCGGCCAGGGGAGGGGCUGCGUGGCAGAUGCAGGUCCUGGGGUCCUGAACUCUGCUGGACCCCUGUUGUCAGAUCCAGGGCCUCUCUCCCCAUGGCCUCUGUGGCGCUGCUGUGGAACCUCUCCCGUUCCCGAGCAGCCGCUCUGGUGUCCCAAAGGUCCCACCUGGAACUGGGCUCCUAGUGUCCAAGUGUUCCCAGGACUGUCUGCUUCUCUUUCUAAGUGGCAGUGGCUUUUCCCUACUGCCUUAGAGGUUGUCUCCCUGUGUUUCUGUUUUAUAUUCGUCAGGCAAGUCCAAAACCAUGUAUUUAAACUCUUAGGAAAACAAAUCCUUAAGAUUUGUUUCUGGAUAUUGGGUGCUAAUAUACUAGCUUAAGCCUUGGCCUUGAUUCUUACGGAGUUGGACUUUGAAGCGGUGCCCUGUCUGACUCUGUGCUCCCCUCCCUCCCCGCCUCACCUCCCGCAGGCAGUGCAGUACCCAUGCUGGUGCAGUUGGCUUCCUUCCCCUCGUGGGAGGGUGCAGGGCGUCGGGUAUCUUGCCAUUUUCUACUGUUAUUUCAAGGAGCUUGUGCACAACUGCUGAAUGCAGGACUCCACACUAUUACUAUGAAACAUUGACUGUGAAUGCAUUUUCCUGUGCUGCCCCCAGGACCGUACAACUAAAGGAUCAGCUUCUUCAAGUCUAGGGGAAUAGUGGUAGAUACAAGUAGAACUGCAUUUUCCCCCAGAAAAUGAAGCAACAGGUACUUGGACUAAGCCGGGACCUGCCCUUAAGUUAGUUCCCUCAGGCCGAGCAGCAGACCUAAGUAGGCUGGGACUGAGGAGCCUGCGUCCUGGUUGGUCAGAAACGAAACCCAGCCUUGUCAUCUUCCGGAAACCAGCGGCCAGGGACCUGUGGCCCUCGUCGCCUUUCCUGGGCCAGGAGACCGAGGUUCCUCCACUGCUCCCCAGGGUGACCCCGGGCAGAGGACACCUGGGCUGGCUCAGGAAAGUGCUCACCUUGCUCCCUGGGAUCUCAGGAAGCCGCCGAGGUGGGGGAGGGGUGGUUAGCUGCGUGCACACCAUGUGACCCAAGCUCACUGGUGGCGUGGGCAGAGGGAACACUCCUCGGCUUCGAUUCCAGAGCCAUGCUUCUCUGCAGGCGCUGAGAACGCCAAGGCUGAGCUGGCAGUGCAGGGCGCGGAGACUCCCUCCUGUGCUUUCCUGUGGAGGACACGGGCUCUUAAGAGCCUUGGGCCAGGUUUCAUUCCACUCUGUGUUCCAGGCUAGUGGUGCUUCAGUCCAGCAAGGGCAUCUGGGUGAGUUGCAGGCUGGCCCAGAAUUAGGAGCGGCUUAGAGAGUUCAAUAUGAAGGUGACUUGGGGAUUCCGAAACUUUUCCAAUGCAAAUUUAUCAGUGAGCAACCUACUCAGUGAAUUCCUAUACCUCAGGGCCAUUUGCAAAUCUUGAUCUCUCCAUACUUCUUUUGUAUUCAAGAGGGCUGACAGGAGAGAGGACAGUUCAGACAAGUCCAAGCUGAGGUUCAUUUGUCUCCCUUUGAGGGUGAGGGGUGCACCCAGCAUCCCUUGCUGGCGUUAACAUCCCUCGAACCUUCAUCCUCAAGGACUCACAGGCUUUCCUUCUGUAGUGAAUGCGCUCUUUCUCCUCUUCCCUCUGGUCAGCCCUGGGGACGGGAGGGAGGAGGUGGCAGUUCACAGCAGCUGCAGAGCUUGGAGCAGCUCCCUUCCCACCCGCUUGGCCUGGGGACCUGCUUUGCUUCUUAGACCUUUGUGGCUGGCUCAGCGCAAGUAAGCUUCCUCUCGGUGGGGCCACUGACAUCGUCUCACUGGAAUCGUCUCUAGUAUCUUGUGAUGGGAAAUGCCAGGCUUGAAGCAACAUGGAAAUGAAGGUUCUAGUGGCAAGAGAGUGAAGUUCUAGGAGUUUAUAUGCCAAGGUUCCUAUUAUGUACAGAGCCGACACGUCCUGUAAGACUUGAGUGAGUACGUUCUCGAGUUUGAAUCUCCGGGGGUGUAUUAAACAUGAACAACCUGGAAGAACGACAGGGAGUAUCCCCAGUUGGCAGGGUUCUCUUCUGGCAUUUGCCCACCCACACCUGACUGAUGUGGAUUCACUCAGAAAGUGGUUCUUCUGGGGCCAGGCUCCUCUUCAGAUUCAGCCUGGACAGAACUAGAAAACGGACCUGCUGGGGCUUGGGGGCCCGUUGUGUCGUGGCCUGGGCCCCUUCGAUAGAAACAGCUGGUCUCAGGCUUCCAGAGCAGAAAGGGGUGGGGAAGAGCAGGGCCUCGGGACCCCCCUCCCCUGGGAGCCCCCGCCCAGCUUCUGACUCAUGGCUCCCGUGUCCGUGGUCUGCCGAGAAGGUCGAGUGCUUCGGUUCAUUGACCUUCCUUGUUUCUGGAGUCCUUUAAAUCUACAGAUGUAUAUGCUUUAUUUUAUAUUAUUAUUUAUUAAUGUACAUAUGCCUCUACUGUUAGUAUGUUGUCUGUGACUAAGAUGAGAUCUGUCCCGGACCCCCCAUCCAUGGCGCCUAGGGUUCUGUGGUCCCUUCAAGUGGGUGAGGAGGCACCGAAUUUCCGUUUUUGUCUUGAACAGGUUGCUGCUCUUACAGUGGUCCUCGAGUCCCCUGCCCCUUUCAUUGGGACCACCUCUAUUCCUGAUGACCAGUGUUUGGGAUGAGGAUGGAGACGGGUCUCUCAGCUGUGGCAGGGCCUCCCAAGUACCUCCGUGAAGUACUUCGGCGGUGGCUUCCCGGGACCUGCCCUGUUCCUUCCGUGGUGGCACAACGUGGCCGUGAGACCAGAGCCUCCUUCCUCACCCCCACCCCCCACCCAGCCCUGCAACAGUCAUGGCCCCACCCCCAUUCCCGCCCUUGGAUUACAGAAUCCAUCUCUCUGGACCAUGGAAGCUGCCUGCCCAUUCUGGGCUUCUAACAUGCCUUUUCUCGGUUGUGAGGCCCAGUGCCAACAUUGCCUUGGCCCUCAGUAAGACCCUGCUUUGUGUCUGAUUCUCAUCCUCCUUA